AUUUCGGACGCCCACGCGGUUCUGGAGCAGCAUGAUCACGACGAAUCCUUCCACCCCUCACACCAGCCCUCGCACGUCGUCUGGCCCACCUCGGUGGAGGAGGUGAGCGCCAUUGUCAAGCUCGCUCACAAGACCAACACGCCCAUCAUGCCAUAUGGCACUGGCACCGGCCUUGAAGGUGGUGUCAUUGCCACACAUGGCGGCAUCGUGCUCAAUCUGACGCGCAUGGACGCCGUCGUAUCUGUCAAUGCCGAUGAUUUUGAUGGCACUGUGCAACCGGGAGUCACACGCACCAGCUUUAACAAUUACCUCCGAGACACCGGUCUCUGGUUUCCCGUGGAUCCUGGCGCAGAUGCAUCGUUGUGUGGCAUGGCAGCCACAUCGGCCAGCGGCACGAAUGCCGUGCUCUACGGCACCAUGCGGGAGAAUGUGCUGAAUCUCGAAGUCGUGUUACCAAAUGGUGACAUUAUCCACACGGCCGGUCUUCGGGGCCGUUCACCAAAAUCAGCAGCUGGCUACAACCUGACAAAUCUUUUUGUUGGUUCUGAAGGCACCUUGGGCAUCAUCACUGCUGCAACCCUUCGGCUUCAUGGCCAGCCCGCACACGUCAUGUCGGCUGUGUGUGCUUUCCCCGAUGUACACGCGGCGGCCAGCGCUGCUGCAGGCAUCCGCCAAUACAACGUCCCCAUUGCUCGGAUGGAACUACUUGAUGCGGCCAUGAUUGAAGCCACAAAUGCGUAUUCCAAGCUCGACAACCCCGUGGCCCCCCACUUGUUUUUGGAAUUUCACGGCUUUAGCGAGUCGUCAGUGGCCGAACAGGUAGAGCUGGUGCAGGAUGUGGUAGAGGACAAUGGCGGCAGUCACUUUCGAUUUUCUCCAGAUGCUGAAGAGCGUCACAAGCUAUGGGCUGCGCGUCAUAACGCCUGGUAUGCGUGCAUGGCACAACGGCCUGGCGGUCGCGGCUACUCCACCGACGUCUGCGUGCCUAUCAGUGCCCUGCCGGCCAUGGUGGAUUUUGCUGCUGCCAAGAUGAAAGAGCUUCACCUGUCUUCGGCGAUUGCUGGGCACGUGGGUGAUGGCAACUUUCACUGCAUCACAGCCUUUGACCCCAACGACACGACAGAGGUGCAGCGCGUCAAGCAGCUUUCGGAAGCUUUGGCUCGCAGGGAAGCCAUCCGAUUGGAUGGGACGUGUACCGGUGAGCAUGGCAUCGGGUUAGGCAAGCAGCACCUGCUGCGCGAGGAGAUGGGAGAUGCCACGAUUGCCGCCAUGUUGGCCGUCAAAAGCACGUUUGACCCCACCAAUAUUAUGAAUCCCGGCAAGGUGCUGGGUCCACGGGCGCUGGGCACCCAGUAA